AUGGAUUCCUCUCCGUGCUACUCCCUGAUGGUGGAGGUGGAGGGCCCCGACCCCAAAGCAGUGCGGGCGGGUGUGGCCACUCCCAGCCACACUGCCAGGAAUGGAACCCUGGCCGCUUCAUGCUCAGGAACCGUGGUGGACGGUGGGGGGAUUGGUCCCGUCAUCGUGUGUCCCCUCACCCUCCUGCUUCCCUUCCUGCGACCCGCCAGCCGCGAGCACCCGAUGCGCGUCUCCCCGGCAGACCUGUCAGCCCAUGCCAGGAUCCGCGCCAGACUCGCGGCCCCGCACCUCCCCGCCGCCGGCGGCCAGCCGUUCGAGGCGAGGCUGCUGGCGGUGCGCGGCCUGCACGCUGUGCACGCUGCACUCACGCGCCUAACGGCCGCGCCCUGCACGCACGCCGGCGGCUGGCUGGCCGGCUGGGACUCCCGGCUGGGGCCGGCUGCCGCAGCCGCCGCGACCUGCACGCUGGCGGUGCUGGCGCCUGCGGGCGAGGCGGGCGCGGCGGCCCUGGAAGCUGUGUCGCCUGGCGCGGGCAAAGGGGGAUGCGGCUCAGCCCCUGCAAUGCAGCUCGGCGCCGGGAUCUUCGCAGUGGGCGCCCCCUUUGGCACCGUCGCCCCGGCCCACUUCCAGUUCCUGCUGGCGCGCGGCAUGCUGUCGGGCAGCGUGCCGGACUGCUCCCGGCUGCCCCAGCCCGUGCUCUGGCUCUCCGAUCUGGUCUGCCUGCCCGGGUUGGAGGGCAGCCCCGUGCACGCCGCGGCGGCGACCGACGCGGCCGCCACUCCCACCGGGCCCCUGGGCGUGCUGCUCGGGCCGUUGGCGCCACGCAGCGGUGGCGGCGGCGCCGUGGCCACGCUCCUCGUGCCCAUGGCCUGCGUCCUGGAGGCGGUGCGGGACCUGGAGAAUCAAGGGGUGGCCGGCGUCGCAGGCCUGAGCGCUGAGGCAGGCAGGGGGACGCCCAGUUUUGUCGGACCCUACUCGCCCGAGACGCCAUCCACGAGCAAGCUCCCAGCGUCACCAGCGCCCCCCGCCGCGGCAGCAGCGGGUCGCAGCGUCGUCGCGGUGAAGGCCAGGGGAGGCUGGGCCAGCGGCGUGCUGGUCUCGCAUCGUGGCCACAUCCUCACCGUGGCGCACCUGUUUGCAGACCCAGGCGGCGGCGCGGGGGGAAGGGGCGGCGGCGAGCCCAAACCGCUCCCCACGCCGCGCGCGGCGUGGGUGGCCUGGGCCCCGGACCCAGGCCGGCCCCCGCGCUGGCUGCCCGCCCGCGUGCUGCACGUCUUCCGGGGCCCGAUGGACUUGGCGGUUGUGGCGCUGCGCGGCCGGCCGGCCAUGCUGCUGACCAGCGCCAGCGUGCGCAGCGGGGCGUCGGGCGGGGGGCGUGCUGGACCGCCCACGCUGGCGGCGCUGCUGGAGGAGAGGAGCGCCGGCCCGGACUGGGCGGCCCUGGAUGCCCCCGACCCGGCGCUGAGCCGGGUGUGGCGCCUGGGCAGCCGCGAGGCGCCGGACAAGCAGGGCCUCGAGCCCCCGGCGCCCCGCGCCCUGCAGGAGCUCUUGGCUGAGCAGCAGGGGGAGGGGGGAGGGGCUGGCAAGGCACGCCCGCGCUUGUAG